UGUUGAUUAUACAAUGUGUUAAUCAGGGGUGGACUGUUAAUGUUGUACUCAUUAUUUGACUGAUAUCCUUAAAUCAAUUUUUUUGUAAGUCCUUGAUUAUAUGAAGAUAAACUAACAAAUAUUCUAAUUGCUCUCUUCCCUAUGAUAAUAUGGACUGAUUUUGAUGCUUAAUUCGUGUGCCUUGAUUUUAUGUUAUACGAUUGACAGCUACAUGCAAAUCAAUUUCCCAAGUUGGAGUUGCAUUCAUGGCUGAUUGCACUUGGCAUGUUUGAUGUGUUUGGAACUAGGUGGCUAUACCUAACUUCUUGCUUGUAGAUCGGUUUACAGUAAUAGGCUCAAUUACUCGGUGAUAAAUACAGGAAUCAAAACCAUUUUACAAAAAUUUAGAUGCACUAUUUUUAUAGCAACAAUGGCUCAACGGAUUAAAGCACCUCGGCCACCAGCUUCCUUUGAGUUUGAGCUGUUUGAAGGAGAUCCUGACCAUCUUAGAACUGUUGUGGCGACACCUACUCAGAUUAGUCCUUGGAUUGCUCCUGCCUCGUUGAAACUUAAGCAUAGGAUUGGACGGGGCCCCUUCGGUGAUGUUUGGUUGGCUACUCAUCAUCAGUCUGCUGAUGAUUUUGACGAGUAUCAUGAAGUGGCUGUGAAGAUGUUGCAUUGUAUAGAGGAGGAUAGGACACAAACAUUUACUGAUAAAUUUGAAGAAAUAUUUCUGAAGUGCCGAGAACUCCAAGAAAUUUGUUGGCUGCACGGUAUAUCGGUUAUAAACGGAAAGAUCUGCAUUGCUAUGAAAUAUUAUGAGGAAUCAGUUGCUGAUCGAAUAGCGCUGCGGAAAAGAGGUCAGAUUCCAUUAUCUACCAUUUUGAGGUAUGGAGUCCAUAUGGCAAGAGGAAUCAAGGAGUUGCAUACACUAGGAUUGUUGGUGCUCAACCUGAAGCCUUCUAACUUUCUUAUUAAUGAUCAUGACCAACUGGUAUUAGGAGAUUUUGGAAUCCCAUACUUACUGCUCGGAAUUUCCUGGUCUGACCCAGACAUGGCUCUCAGACUUGGAACUCCAAAUUACAUGGCUCCAGAACAGUGGGAACCAGAACUAAGGGGUCCUUUGUCAUUUGAGACUGAUGCAUGGGGAUUUGGAUGUAGCAUAGUUGAGAUGUUAUCUGGAAAUCAACCUUGGUUUGGGAAAUCAGUUGAACAAAUAUAUGAUUCAGUUGUGAUCAAGCAAGAAAAACCAGACAUUCCAAGUGGUUUGCCCCCUGCUGUUGAAAAUGUAAUUAAUGGUUGCUUUGAGUACGAUUUAAGAAAUCGACCAUUAAUGACAGAUAUUUUACAUGCAUUUGAAAGUUCACAAAAUGCUGUUUAUAUUGAUGGAGGAUGGAUUGGUCUAGGAAGCCAAUCACUGGCAGAAAAUGCAAGUCUUUGUGGCUAUUCUUCAUGGUUUCUCUCAGAAGAUCAUUUCCAAGUAGGUGAUACUGUCCGUUCAAGAAAGCCUAUUAAUGCAUGCAAACCCCAAAAUAUUGAUUUACCUGAAGGAACUGUGGUUGGUCUAGAUUGUGAAGGUGAAAGAAAAAGUUUUGUUCUGGUGAAGGUGCCAGGAAUCCGGAACCCUCUAACCGUCCAGGGGUCAAUCCUUCAAAGUGUCACCUCUGGCUUUGCAGUUGGUGAUUGGGUUUGUUUGAAAGAUGAAAGCACUGUUCACUCUCCAGUGGGGAUUCUGCAUUCUGUGUAUCGUGAUGGAAGGGUUGCUGUUGGAUUUAUUGGAUUAGAAACUCUUAGGCUUGGGAAGUGUUCGAAUCUCCGAAUGGCAACUCCUUACUAUGUUGGGCAGUUUGUUAGACUAAAGGCAAAUGUUUCAACUCCUCGUUUCAAGUGGCCUCGUAAGAGUGGAAGAACAUGGGCCACCGGGAGGAUCUUACAGGUGCUUCCAAAUGGGUGUCUGGUUGUGGAUUUUCCAGGGAGGUUUGUGUUUGGAGAUGAAUCCAACAGAUUCCUGGCAGAUCCAGCUGAAGUGGAACCAGUGUCAUUUGAAAGUUGUCCUGGGAUCAUUGGUAAGUAUCGACAUAUGGAGGAUUUUCACUGGGCUGUGAGGCCACUGACAAUUGUAUUAGGUAUGCUAAUGGCUGGGAGGAUUGGCAUAUCUGUUGGACGAGGUGUGAAUAAAAGAAUGAAGAAAAACAGAAGAAAUUGUCAGGAAGGGCAGGCAGCGGGCAAUGCAGCAUGGCUUCCACCACCAGUAGCAAAUAUUAUUUUCCGGGAAGGUGUUCCUGCUGCUGCUAGGUGAUUCUGUGAAGGCAUUUAAAUCUGAUAUGACCAACAGAA